UCCUUCUCCAAGUCCAACCAAGUCCUCCAGCCGUCGGUGCGCGUGUUGUCCGUGCGCGCGCAAUCAAGAGACCUUCAAUUUGCUACAAAGUUGCCCCAGAAACCAAUCCCCAUGUGCCCUCCCCAUUUCGCAACCCCCACACCAUACGCAGAGAAGCAACGCCUACCUCUCACUUCAUUCACCGCGCAUGUCGUCCUUCCUAGUUUCCCUCCAUUGCGCCACAAACGGCAACACCGCCUCGCUCAAGAAUGGGUCCAACAUUAUCGGCCGUGGCGAGAUUUUGGGACUUAGUGAUCGCAGACUGAGUAAAAAGCAACUCAAUAUCGUCGUCGAUGCUCAAGCACGGACUGUCACGGCCGAAAGGCUAGGACCCAAUCCCUCAUCCCACAACGGCCGCGACAUGCCCAAAGACACCAUCAUCCUCCUCCGCCACAACGACAAGAUCGCCCUCGUCGCCGGCACACACAUCUGCACCCUCUCCAUCGUCCAGGCCGCGUUCUCAUCUGUUCCCUAUUCUGACCCGGUGGUGGGGAUCACGUCCUCUGAGGCUGAUUUGCAUCCAUCGCAGCAUGAUGAUGGGGUGUUGGAGGAGGUUGCGAUGGAUACGGCUGACCAUGGCGCGGGGGAGGAGGAGGAGGACGUGCAGUCGCAUGCGGGGGUGAGCGAUACGGGUGAGGCGGGGUUUCCGGUAAGGCCGGAAGAUUUUUCGGAGGAAUCGGAUGAUGUUGUUGGGUCUGGGCUGGACGUGUCGGAGGCGGAGGAGGCGGAGGCGGAGGCGGAGAUGAUGCGGAUGCGUGCGGUGGCGAAACGACCGGCGGCGGAGAGGAGGCCGCCACGGGUUCCUGCUGGGCCCGGUGGGAGGAAGCGGGCCGCGUCGCCGUCUGCGCGGGCGAGGCCGAGGACGAGAGCAGCUGCAACAGCGACAGGGACAGGUGGAGCCCGUCGUGUGACGUCGUACGGCGCGUUUGUGAAGGCCACGCGACCGGCGUUGAAGCGGGAGUAUCCGCACCAUUCGGGACCAGAGAUCACCAAGUUGCUGAAGCGGAGAUGGAUGGCGUUGGAUGAUGAGGCGAGAAAGACAUUCGAAGAUCAAGCAGCAGCCCAAAACGAAGCCUCAGCAGCCGCAGCGGACACGGAAGCCGCAGCCUCAUCCCCAUCUACCUCCCCCACCCGCCCUUUACCCCCACCCUCCUCCACCCGCCCCAUACCCUCCUCAUCCACAGCGCCACCUCCCCCCCGCCCAAAACGUACCUCGCUCCUCCGCUCAUCCUCCGCAACCGACUCGGACGCCAUCCCGUCUGCCCGGGUAAACAUCCCCGGAACAGCAAUACCACGAACGGCGACUCAGCCGAUGCGGAUACCCUCUAUGUUACUUGCGAAUAGUAGUAGUGAGGAUGAGGAUACGGAUGAGGAUGCGCAGACGGGAAGGCGGGUAGUGGAUCGGAUGGAUGUGCGGGGUACGACAGUGAAUGAGCAGGGGAAGGGGAAGGAGAAAGAGAAGGUGAAGGAGGAGAAGGUGGAUGUGGAUGCGAUGGAUCUUGAUGCGUUUUUGGAUAUGUUGACUGGGUAG